AUUUGUAAACGAUUUGUAUAUAGGGAGCGUUUUAGGUAGCCUGCCGGCGUUAGCUCCACGGCGACCUGGCACGGUGGGUCUCUGGUAGAAGUAGUGCUCCUCAGCCGGUCAUCAUCGCCUUCUCCUUCUGGAAGCGCAGCAGCAGGAAUCGCAAAGGAGAGGGAGAUGGGGAAGCAAUUUCUGUUUUGAAUUUUGCGUUGCACCCGGGUUUCUUUCGGAUCGGGUCGGUCUUCCAGGCCCAACCCGCGACAAGAAAACUCCAAAGUCCAAACCAACACCUGUAAAAAAAGAGAAAGUCCGAAACAAAUGAAGAAUCCAGCAACAUCAGCACCUCUGCGUGUCUGCCUCACAGUCAGAGCCUCACCUCUACCCCCUGGCAGCUCGCCAUCACCGGCGACAACCAGGCGCCAGAGCCGCCGCCUUCCCUUUCUUCCUCAAUCACACUUCAUCAUCAGCCGCCAACUUUCCUCUCACCAUUCUCUACGUUCCUCGCGUUGCUGACCUGUCUGUGUUCACCUCUUCGGCCCUUCCUCAUGUUGCCGCCGCAGUCUGAAAUAGCACCUGCAGUUCGAAGAAAUUGUGGGUGGGACAGAGGCCUGUAAAACUACUAGUUUGGGAUUUAAGACUCCUAGAGAUGCUAUUCAAGGAACUUACAUUAACAAGAAAUUCCCAUCCACCGCCACCAUUUCCAUCCAAGGUUGCAUUAUUGCUGGUAUUUGCUACAGUGCCAAAAUGACCAAGAGUCGUCGCAACUAUCUUCAUUUCAUUCAGAAAUACCAAAGGCAAGGCUUUUCUACCUUUCUGUAGGCGUUUUGAAAUAGAACAAAUGAAUAGGGUAAUUAAGGUUUCAAAUAAAGACAAGAGCUUUGGGAGCCUUGUAGCGAAGUGUGAAUCGCUAUUGCGAAGAUAUUCAACAUCUCACUCACUUUCUGAGACCAAAAAGCUUCAUGCCUUCAUCCUCACCCUUGGCCUUCUCUCCUCUUCUGACUUUUGCUCAAUGCUUUCCACAAGCUACGCCCAAUGCAGCCAUGCUUCCUAUGCAUCCCACCUGUUUGAUAAUUUGCCCCGACGGAGCUUGUUCUCCUGGAACACCAUGAUGAGGAUGUAUGUUCAAAUCGGAAGACCCCGCAAUGCUCUUAACUUGUUUGCUGAAAUGCUUGAUUCGGACCAUGUUGCGCCUGACAAUUUCACAUACCCAAUAGUCAUCAAGGGUUGUAGUGAUUUGUCCUUGUUUGAUAUGGGUGUUGGAGUUCAUGGUCGGACAUUGAGGGUCGGGUUUGAUUCGGACACAUUUGUCCAGAACUCUUUGCUAGCGAUGUAUAUGAAUGCUGGGGAGAAAGAGGCAGCCCAGCUGGUUUUUGACUUGAUGCAGCAACGAACUGUGGUGUCUUGGAAUACAAUGAUCAAUGGGUACUUUCGGAAUAAUUGUGCUGAGUUAGCAUUGAGGAUGUAUAAUAGAAUGAUGGGUGUGGGUGUAGAGCCUGAUUGUGCAAGUGUGGUUUCAGUACUGCCAGCUUGUGGGCUUUUGAAAAAUGUGAAGCUUGGGAAAGAGGUUCAUUUGUUAGUUACGGAAAAGGGUUUCUUGGAAAAUAUGACAGUCAGGAAUGCAUUGCUGGACAUGUAUUUUAAGUGUGGUCAUAUGAAAGAGGCAUGGAAAUUAGUGAAUGGGAUCAAGGAGAAGGAUGUGGUGGCAUGGACAACUUUGAUAAAUGGAUACAUGAUUAGUGGCGAUGCAAGAAGUGCUUUGGUGCUUUGUCCGAUGAUGCAGUGCGAAGGAGUGAAACCAAAUUCAGUAACUAUUACUUCUCUACUAUCAGCCUGUGGCAGUUUGGCUUCUUUGAAACAUGGCAAGUGCUUACACGCAUGGGCGAUAAGGCAUUGGCUUGAUUCAGAGGUUCAUGUGGAAACAUCCUUGAUUGACAUGUAUGCAAAAUGUGCCUGUGGCAAUCUAAGCUAUAAACUGUUCAUGAAAACCUCUAAAAAGAGAACACCCGUGUGGAAUGCGGUUCUAUCUGGGUUCAUACAGAAUGGCCUUGCAAGAGAAGCAAUAGAACUUUUUAAACAAAUGUUAGCGAAUGACAUACAACCUGACAAUGUAACCUUUAAUAGUGUGCUUCCUGCAUAUGCUAUUCUUGCCGACCUACAACAGGCAAUAAACAUGCAUUGUUACCUUGUAAAGUUGGGAUUUCUUUCCAGGCUUGAAGUAGCAAGUAUUCUAGUCGAUAUAUACUCGAAGUGUGGUAGUUUAGGAUAUGCUCACCAGGUUUUUAAUAUAAUUCCUAUCACAGAAAAGGAUAUUAUCAUUUGGAGUGGAAUAAUUUCUGCAUAUGGAAAACACGGGCAUGGUGAAAUGGCUGUUUCACUUUUCAAUCAAAUGGUACAGUCUGGAGUGAAACCGAAUCAAGUUACUUUCACCUCUGUUCUGCAUGCUUGCAGCCAUGCAGGUUUGGUUGAUGAGGGUUUGUCUUUGUUCAAGUUUAUGCUUAAACAACAUCAUGCUAUUCCCAAUGUUGAUCAUUAUACUUGCAUAAUUGAUCUUCUUGGUCGUGCUGGUCGACUCAAUGAUGCAUAUAGCCUUAUUAGAACAAUGCCUAUAACACCUAACCACGCUGCUUGGGGUGCACUACUUGGUGCUUGUGUGGUUCAUGAGAAUGUUGAACUGGGAGAGGUAGCUGCAAGGUGGGCUUUCGAGCUCGAGCCUGAAAACACUGGAAAUUAUGUAUUGUUGGCCAAACUUUAUGCUGCAGUGGGAAGGUGGAGAGAUGCAGAGAAGGUAAGAGAUAUGGUUAAUGAGGUGGGAUUAAGAAAACUACCAGCACACAGUUUAGUUGAGGUCAGAAAUUUGUGACUAACAUACUUGAAAAUUCUAUCAAAGCAUGAGUAUUACUGCUAUAGCUUCUGAAGACCCUAUAAAAGGGCUGAGGUCAUGUCCUUUCUAGAAUUGUGAAGUGCCGGGGGGAAUUCAAUCCAUAUUAUAUGGGGUGAUCUUCAUGUUAAAGGUGUGUCCCUUUGACCUACUACAAGUACUCCCAUUGUCAUUAUGGGCAAUCCAGUACACAAGCAUCCCCACCGAAAGUGUCUAAUGUACUCAGUGUAACCUGAUAAUUAUAUCAGUGAUUGUUUUCACGGCUUGAAACUGUCACCUUGAGGUCACAGGGAGACAACUCAACCGUUCCUCGAAGGCUCCCCUUUGUCUCCCGCUAUCAUGAUGAAUUGUUGAAGCUUUUAUUCCCUUCUCACAAAGCAAGAUCUGGUAUCUGUCAGGUUUGGACAACUUUUGAGCAAAAUCUCAUUUGGAGACUGAGUGCGGGAACUCAGGUGAACAUGUGGACUGACCAUUGGAUACCUGCUGUGCAAAGACUAGCUGAUCUUAUCCCUGAAUUUCUUAUAGAAAAUCGGAUGGAGGACAAAGUGGUGGAAUAUGUGUCCGGCUCAAGCUGGAAUUUUAAUCUCCUUGAUAAUUUUCUAGAAGAAGAUUGGGUUUCUAUCUUGACUGUAAUUAAACCACUGGAGAGUGGUAUGGGAGAGGACCAAGUUGCUUGGUUACACUCAUAUAAUGGUUCCUUUACCAUUAAGUCAGCUUGUUCGAUUUAUCUAGAGGCUGAAGAUAACUCUGCAGCUUCGCUUUUCACAAAGGUCUGGAAAUUGCAAGCUCCACAGCGACUUCGUGCAUUUUGUUGGCUAGUAGCAAACAAUGCUCUUUUCACAAAUGAGCUUCGUUUUCGAAGAAGAAUGGCACCGGAUGAUCUUUGUUAUAUUUUGUGGUCUUUAUCAUGAAUCUGUGCUCCAUGUCCUCAGAGAUUGUAAAGUCGCGUACGAGACAUGGAAGAGCAUAGAUAAUUCAUUGAAUAUGGAUACUUUUUUCAGUAAGCCUCUUUACUCAUGGCUCCUGGAAAAUCUUUCGGCUCAAUCCCACCACCAAGGUGUUCCUUGGCCCGUGAUCUUUGCACAAUGAAUACCCUCUAGUUUCGGCAGAACAAGUUCAUCUUUGAGGAUGACCAGUGACCACUCUCUGCAAGGAGAUUCUAUUUGUUGAACAGCUUUACACUACCAUUUUGAACAAUCCGAGCUUUUUUUAUCCAGGAGUAGAGUUGGUUCCUUUUCUGAGAAACAAAUCAGAUGAAUGCCCUUUGCCUCGCCAUUCUUCAAAUUAAAUACUAAUGGCUCAGUCACAAAAGAAGGAAUUGCGGCUUGCGGUGGUAUCAUAAGGGAUCUUGAUGAUGUCACAGGUUUGCCGCUUGGGAAAUUCAUCAUGAAUUCAGGGAAGCAAAUACUUGUGCUGAUCAACUGGCGGCAGAGAGUCAUAUUAGCAUGCCACUUUUUCUUUAGUUUACCUUUUGCUAUUUCUUCUUAUUUCAUGGCAGACGUCAUUGGUACUUAUUUUUCUAGAGUUAUUUCUGUGUAGUUUUCUUGGACUUUAGCCCCAUUUCUUAUAAAAAAAAAUGCUAUUUACACAUACACAAUAGACAUUAUUUGGACUCGUGCAUUAGUAGGUAUUAACAUGUCCAUUAAUCUAUCAUUUUUAUUGAUUAAAUCUGAAGGUAAGAAUACAUUGGAAUGGUGAGAAUACAUUGGAAUGGUUCAUGUGCUGUCUUCUAGUUAACUUUACUGCUUGCCAUACCUUGUUUUAGCUCUUUAUUUUCCUGUUAUAUAUUAUUAAUGUUUAAAUUUUACUUGUGCGAUUAACAUUUGGAUCCAAGGCAUGGAAGACCUGUACAACUGAAUUCGAAUUGGCAACACAGUUUAAUUAAUUAUUACUCAUUAAUGCAUACAAAGAUACAACUCCAGUCAUGCAUGUCUUAAUAAUAAUAAUUAUAUGCAUUAAUGAGUAAUGAUUCUCAUGCUUGACAUUUUCUAUUAAUUCUCGAUAUUCUUUUAUCAAAAUAAGUUGAAUUUUUUUUGGUUUACCCAAAUGGUAUCUCUCAACCCGAUAGGUUAAGGACUAAUCAGUUACAAAUCUGAGCUCCAUUUAAGGAUCUAUCUUUGACUAAUGGGUUGCUGCAUACACAAGGCGGGGUUGGAACUCCUGACACUUAC